CGGCUCGGUGCGGUCCCCGCCCGGUCCGUGCCCCGUUCCCCCCUCAGGCCCAACGGCCGCGGGCCUGGCGUGGCCGGAGCUGCCGAGCUGGGGCUGGAGGCGGCCCCGCUCCGCUCCCGGGAACCGGCACCGAACCGAGUUGGAGCGUAAAACCCUCCACCGUUUUACCGCUUCUCUGCGCGUUUUUAGGUGUAGUUGUGUGGCGUGAGGGAAGGCGGAGAGAGCCGGGGUUGUUCAGCCCGCAGAAGGCUUUGGGGUGACCUAAUUGUGGCCUUCCAGUGCCUGAAGGGGACUUGGAGGAAAGAUGGAGCAUGGAGUGACAGGGCAAGGAAUGGCUGCAAAUUGAAAGAGAGAUGGGAUAUUAGGAUGAAUUCUUGCCUGUGAUGGAGCCAGUCCCCAGAACCCACCAUGGACUUUCUCCCCAAGCUCCUCGGCGUCGUGGCUGGAGUGGCGUGUGGUCUGUGCCUGGGAUGGGGCUUCCGUGGGAGGCUCCUGAGGAAGCGCAAGGCUGGAACGGCUCCACCUGCCAACAACCUGGAGGGCGAGGCGGACGUCAUGGCAGAGUCCGGGGAGUACAAGAUGGUGCUGAUCGUCCGCAACGACCUGAAGAUGGGCAAGGGCAAAGUGGCGGCCCAGUGCGCCCACGCCGCUGUUUCUGCCUACAAGCAGGCGGAGAGAAGGAAUCCCGAGCUCCUGAAGCAGUGGGAGUGCUGUGGGCAACCCAAAAUAGUCCUCAAAGCUCCCGACGAGGAGACUCUGGCCCAGCUCCUGGCUGAGGCGAAGCGCCUGGGACUGACCGUGAGCUUGAUCCAGGAUGCUGGGCGUACUCAGAUAGCUCCAGGCUCCAGGACCGUCCUGGGGAUCGGGCCAGGGCCAGCUGAUGUCAUAGAUAAAGUCUCUGGUCACCUUAAACUCUUCUAAACUAGGACCAAAAAGAGUCGAUGUAUGUCAGUACUGAAGGGUUACGAUCCAAGUUUGGGCGUUUUUCCGUGUGCUCUCCCAGUUCAAAUAAAAUAAGCAAGUUUUUGUAAGGUUUAAA